AUGUCGUCGUUCUUCACCAUCCCCGGGGCGAACAAGAAGCGGAAGAGGCCCGAAGCUUCGGAUGCACCCAAAAAGCGAAUUGCAGCAUCAAAGGGCCCAGGUCGAGCCGCCCCGCGAGGAGGUGCCAAAGGUGCCGCCUCCAGAUCCAAGGUCGCCGCGCCUGCCGGCAAGAAGGCUGCCGCUGCCGACGACGACGACGAGUCGAUUUCUGGAAGCGAUGACGAGAGCAUUGUCAGCGUAUCGGACAAAGAGGAGGAAGGUUCCGGGUCAGAGGGAGAGGGCGAGACGGCAGCAGAGCGCCGCUUGAGGCUGGCAGAGAGGUACCUGGACAAUGUCCGGCAGGAGGUGGACGAGGUGGGCUUCAACGCCGAAGACAUUGACCGAGACCUGAUCGCGGAGCGUCUGAUCGAGGACGUCGCGGAAGCCAAGGGAAAAGUCUACCGCCAAUUGGCAUCCGAAUUCGCCUUUGACGAGGCGACGCACACCUACUUCAAGAACAACGCAGAGACCUUCACAUCCGUCGCUGUCAACGCCCCCUACGCCUAUACCACGACCAAGGACAUGUACCUGCACAAGUGGAGGAUACAGGACCUACCCAAGGACCAGUUCCCCCAGACCCAGACCAAAAAGAAGAAGUCAAAGUCGAAGAAGCCCCCGCCACCGCCCCGGAGGAAACCCCAGCUCGAGCAAUGGCUCAAGGGCAAUGGAGACCCCACGAACAAGUCCUCCCAACGACACAGCGACCGCAUUCUCUGUGUGGCCGUCUCCUCAGACGGAAAGUAUCUCGUCACCGGUGGCGAGGACAAGCGUCUCAUUGUCUACAACGCCGAGACGCUCAAGCCCAUUCGCGUCUUCACCCAUCACCGCGAUGCCGUCACGGGCCUGGCUUUCCGCCGUGGUACGAACCAGCUCUACAGCUGCUCGCGCGACCGAACCGUCAAGGUCUGGUCCCUGGACGAGCUUGCCUACGUCGAGACUCUCUUCGGCCACCAAGACCAAGUCGUCGACAUCGAUGCCCUCGCCCAAGAGCGCUGUGUCAGCGUCGGCGCUCGUGAUCGCACCGCCCGUCUGUGGAAGGUCGUCGAGGAGUCGCAGCUCGUCUUCCGCGGCGGCGGCAGCGGCGUCGACAAGAAGAGGCCCCUCAAGGAUGUUGACCCACGCUCCAUCGCACACGAAGGCAGCAUGGAACGCGUUGCCAUGAUCGACGACGAGCUGUUCGUCACUGGCAGCGACAGUGGUGCCCUUUCCCUAUGGAGCGUCACCAAGAAGAAGCCCAUGCACAUGAUCCCUAUGGCCCACGGCCUGGAGAAGCGCCUGCUGCCCACAGAGGCGUCGGCAGAGAAGGCCCCUGGCGACAAUAUUGUGCCCCCGCCGCAGCCAAGGUGGAUCACGGCGCUCAGGACAAUUCCAUACACCGACAUUGUUCUCAGUGGCAGCUGGGACGGCUAUGUUCGCGUGUGGAAGCUCAGCGAUGACAAGCGGAAAUUGGAGCGUGCGGCGUCCUCAGCGGCGGGAAGGGGCUGCCCGUCUCCGCCGCCGAUUCGGACGUCGACAUGGACACAGAGCCCGCCCAGCAAGACGGUUUCCUGA